UUUCUUCUCUCAUUUGUGCAGAAAAAAAUGCCUUCGGUGGUGCCGAGAUGGACGAGUCCGUUUCGGACUACUUGUUAUGGCGACGAAACUGUGCGUCAGUUGCUGCUGCAAGAACGCAUCAUUGGCCAGCACCACGUGUUCCACGGCGGACUGCGUCUAGUCAAGGAAGUGGCAUCGUUGGCAUUGCCCAGACACCCAGCACCGGGCACCAGAGUACUCAACGUUGGCGGAGGGUUCGGCGGGUUCGCCUUCCACCUGGCCGACACUGAGCCCAACGUGAGUGUGGCCGUGUGUGACCCCAACGAGGCCGUGGCAUCAGAGGCCAGACUCAGGCUCAGUCAGCAUUUCCCUCACCUUAGCCGGAGGGUCAGCAUCCAGUGCAGCGGUGUAGAUGAGCUGGAAGAGCCUCCAGGGUCCUGGGACGCCAUCGUGUGUUUCGAACUCAAUUCAUUUCACAUGUCUGGCGGCGGCGGCAGUCGGAGGACGCUGCUGAUGGACAAAUUCAAGAGGUGGCUGUCGCCGGGAGGCAAGCUGGUCCUGGUGGACUACUGCUGGUCUUGCAGAGUGCUGGAGCGGCUGCAGGAGGCGGCAUUGGCAGACGGUGGCGGCGGCAGUGCCGCGAUGAGCAGAGACGACUAUGCCACGUGCCUCAAGGCUGUGUUCUCCCACGUCUGGGUCGACGACCGGACUGACUCCCAUUUGGGCCACAUCAGGGAUGACCUCGGCCGCCUCAAGCACUUUUUGCCGGGAUCUCGGAGAGAAGAGCGACUGAAAGCGGACUGCGUGGCCCAGUGGAGAAAUCUGGAAAAAUUGCUGAGUGACGAGACUUUGACCUGGAUUCUGGCCUGUGCAACGAGUCCCAGUGCUAGAAAUUGACUCCGCGUCAUCAUGAGCCGAAAAAUAAGGGUUCUUCAAGCAAAGAAACGAACAAAUCCCUGCCUUGAGUUUUUGUUGUUGUAAUGAGCUUUACGGGUCAUGACUAUGGGUGCAAUCGUUGUUCCUGUUGACCUUUCUUUAUUCUUGUCUCCUACUUGCUUUUAUCUCUUUUUUUUCGUCUUGUUUGUUUGCUGAUGAAUCGCGGGUCAGCUGACAAGUGACUGUGAUUUUUGCUGUGUGUGUGUGUCAACUGGGACAUACGCAGAACCCUCAAUUCCAACGCCUGACCCAAGUUUUUCUUCACUGGAAAUUUGCUCAAGAAAAAAUUGUGCUGCUCUGCGUGCGUACAUGUGUCAAGAAGAAUAAAUAAUGUACUGUGGAUGCUCCUUCUGCUGACAAGACAUUGAAGAGACAUAUUUAAAAAAAGGGC